AUGCUGGAGACCUACAACAACAUGUUGUCCUUGGGGCACUGUGUUUCUAAACCCAAGUUGAUUAUCAAGCUGGAGAAAGGUGUGGAAACAUGGACAGGAGAAGCCUCAGGCAAGAAUUUCCAAGAUGUCCUGGAAAUUGAUGACAUGAUUAAGAGUUGCAAGGAAAGUCCAGAAGAAUGGCUGUGUGAAGUAGCAAUCACCAAAAGCAACCCUGUGGAUGAAAGAAUGAGAUUAUUGAGAUCUUUUCAUUUGAGCCCUAAACACAUGCCAGAGCUGCAUUGGAAUAGUAGGAAAUCCUUAGGAAUGAGGACUGAGGCAGCCAUUGCUUAUCAGAAUAUGCUGCUCCAUUUUGAGCCUAAAGAGAUGCAUGCUGGAUCUAGGCCUGGUGUCUCUCGUAACCAAUGUGGGAAGUCCUUCACCAGGAAAACUGAACUCAGUGUUCAUCAGGUAACUCAUACAGGAGAGAAACCUUAUAAAUGUAAUACAUGUGGAAAGUGUUUCAUGUGGAAAGCACCACUACUAAUGCAUCAGAGAACUCAUACAGGAGAAAAACCAUAUAAAUGUAAGACAUGUGGAAAGUCUUUUACCCAGAAAUCAUGCGUAAGUGUUCAUGAGAGAAUACAUACAGGAGAGAAACCUUAUAAAUGUAACACAUGUGGAAAUUCCUUUGCCACAAAAGCAAAGCUAAAUAUUCAUGAGAGAACUCAUACAGGAGAAAAACGAUAUAAAUGUAAGACAUGUGGAAAGUCUUUUACCCAGAAAUCAUGCGUAAGUGUUCAUGAGAGAAUACAUACAGGAGAGAAACCUUAUAAAUGUAACACAUGUGGAAAUUCCUUUGCCACAAAAGCAAAGCUAAAUAUUCAUGAGAGAACUCAUACAGGAGAAAAACGAUAUAAAUGUAAGACAUGUGGAAAGUCUUUUACCCAGAAAUCAUGCGUAAGUGUUCAUGAGAGAAUACAUACAGGAGAGAAACCUUAUAAAUGUAACACAUGUGGAAAGUCCUUUGCCACAAAAGCAAAGCUAAAUAUUCAUGAGAGAACACAUACAGGAGAGAAACCUUAUAAAUGUAGGACAUGUGGAAAGUCUUUUGGCCGUCAAUCAGGUGUUAGUGUUCAUGAGAGAACACAUACAGGAGAGAAACCUUAUAAAUGCAACACAUGUGGAAGGUCUUUUGCCCACAGAUCACACGUUAAAUUUCAUGAGAGAACACAUACAGGAGAAAAACCUUAUAAAUGUAACACAUGUGGAAAGUCUUUUGCCCGGAAAUCAUAUGGGAGAGAUCAUGAGAGAAUACAUACAGGAGAGAAACCUUAUGAAUGUACCACAUGUGGAAAGUGUUUUGCACAGAAAACAGGCCUUCGUGCUCAUGAGAGAACACAUACAGGAGAGAAACCUUAUAAUUGUAACACAUGUGGAAAGUGUUUUGCACAGAAACCAGGCCUUCGUGUUCAUGAGAGAACACAUACAGGAGAGAAACCUUAUAAUUGUAACACAUGUGGAAAGUCUUUUGCCACAAAAGCAGCGCUAAGUAUUCAUGAGAGAAGACAUACAGGAGAGAAACCUUACAAAUGUACCACAUGUGGAAAGUAUUAUGCAGAUACAUCAACCAUUCGUGCUCAUGAGAGAAUGCAUACAAGAGAGAAACCUAAUAAUUGUAACACAUGUGGAAAGUCUUUUGCCUGGAAAUCAAAUCUUAGUGUUCAUGAGAGAACACAUACAGAGUAG